AUGGCCACCCACCGCAUCAGGAUGGCCCGCAUGCUCCCUCUCCUGGGGAUUCUCACUCUCCUCGCCCUCCUCGUCAACGCCGACCCGUCCGUUGACGGCCGCAGCGAGCAGACUGUCUUUGCAACCACAAAGUCGCCCAAGCGCGUCGCCAUCGUCGGCGCAGGGGCAGCGGGUACCUCUGCGGCCUUCUUCCUCCGCCGCGCAGCCCGUGUGGCUGAGGAGCGUGCGGGUGCGGAGCCCGGCGAGUUCCUCGGCGUCAUUGACGUGUUUGACAAGGAAGACUAUGUCGGCGGCCGCAGCACAGUUGUGUACCCGCACAGCGAUCCUAAGCUCCAGGCUGUUGAGCUUGGGGCGAGUAUCUUUGUUGGUGCGAAUGAGAACCUCGUCAAGGCUGCAAAGCUGUUCAACCUCACCACCGCCGACCCUGGCUUUGCCGAGGCCGGCAUCGGAAUCUGGGACGGCUCUCAGUUUCUUUUCACCACCACUACUACCAAGAGUCGCUGGUCUGGGUGGUGGGACACUAUCGCGGCUCUGAGGCGCUAUGGCCCUCUGUCCCCUUACCGCCAGAACAAGGCUGUCAACGCACUCCUCACCAAGUUUAAGCACCUGUACGACUCGGCAUGGCUCGCCCAACGCGGCACCGUGUCCAGCAUCGAAGAGUUUGCUGCCACGCUUGAGCUUGGCGCCGAGCUUACGAGUCGCACGGGUCUUGACUGGGCCAAGAAUGAGGUCGGCGUCAACGAUCGUUGGGCCAGCGAGAUUAUCGAGGGCAGCACCCGCGUGAACUAUGCCAGAGAUCUUGACCAGAUUCAUGCCCUUGGCGCAGGCGUCUCACUUGCCACGGGAGAGGCUACCUCUAUCGAAGGCGGCAACCGUCGUCUGUUCAGCAGCAUGGUCAAGGACAGCGGCGCCAAUGUCCACCUCAACACGGUGGUGACUGAGAUCAAGGUCCUGGACGAGGGUGACGAUGUACCGUCCUUCCGUGUGCUCACCAACGUAAGCGACAACACAUAUGACCAGGUCUUCUUUGCUGCUCCAUGGCACCACUCCCCCAUCUCAAAACACCUUGCAAACUCGUUUGUGAACCCCAUUCCCGACCAGGAGUAUGUUACUCUUCACGUCACGCUGUUGGCUACCACAGCACCCACUCCUCACCCGAGCUUCUUUGGCCUUCCUCCGAACACCGCCAUCCCCACGACAGUCAUCACCUCUGCGGCAGCUCCAUCACGUACCAUGGGCGAGACGUCUGAGGGUUCGGGCGAGUACGUCGUCAAGCUCUUCUCGCUCUCUGAGAUCGACGACUACACCCUCACCACCAUCUUUGGGUCAGAGCCCACUUGGGUCUAUCGCAAGGUCUGGCAGUCGUACCCUGCUCUCGCGCCCAUUGCCACCUAUGCUCCCGUCGAACCUGUUCCGGGUCUGCACUAUCUCGCGGCUCUGGAGCCAUGGGUGUCAACUAUGGAGACGCAGACUCUCUCGGCGCGCGAGGCUGUCGCCCGCGUCGCGCAGCGUUGGUGGGGCAUCGGUCCUGGCGAGUGCCGCGAGGGCAAGGGGCUGGGACCUGACCUGCGCCGAGGUGUGAGCGUCAAGGACGGCAGGUUGAAGAACAUGUCUAUAGUUGUGCAUUACGAGGUGUCUUAA